UACCAGGAAGCUGCGGAGGAGAAAAGCCCGAUGUGGUGCGUGUCACGAAUCUCAACCGUCCGUUUCCAUCGCUCUAGUAUCCUUCUCACUCCCUGCCCUCGCUUCCAGCUCGCAAAUGCAGUCUCCUUGUCUCAGCAGAAGGCCGGCAUUGAAAUAUCCUCAGCUCUUUCAGUUGGGAAUUCCGUUUAUGGCAGGUCGUUAUUUGCAUCAAAGUUUAUCCAAGCUGGAGAUUGCAUAUUGAAAGUUCCCUACAGUGUUCAGAUCACACCAGAUAAUAUCAUUCCCAAACUUGCUUCUUUCUUAAGUGAUGACAUUGGUGGUGUUGCACGGCUUGCUGUGGUUAUUUUAGCAGAGCAGAAAAAGGGUCAGGAUUCUGAAUGGGCUCCCUAUAUCAAUUGUCUCCCUCGGACUGGGGAGCUACAUAGCACGAUAUUUUGGACCAAAGAUGAACUGGAGAUGGUUCGACAGAGUCAUAUAUAUCAAGAAACUAUCAACCAUCGAGCUUACAUUGAGAAAGAAUUUUCGAAAGUCAAACCAGUAUGUGUAUUGGAUUAUGUGUCCCUGCCUCAUGUCACUUCAUUUAUUCACAUUCAGAUGAAUUUCAGGGCUCUUGAACACUUCCAUCAAAAUUUCGAAGAUGUAACAAUCGAGAGCUUCAUGCAUGCAUAUGCGACAGUUGCAUCUCGUGCAUGGGAAACAUCAAAGGGUCAAUCCUUGAUUCCUUUUGCAGAUUUUCUAAAUCAUAACGGGGUUUCAGAGGCAUUCUUAUUAAGUGAUGAUGAUAAAGAAGUCUCAGAGGUUGUCGCUGACCGGGAUUAUGCUACUGGUGAACAGGUUCUAAUAAGCUAUGGGAAGUUCCCAAAUGCUACACUUUUACUGGAUUUUGGUUUUACCCUUCCUUAUAACGUUUAUGAUCAGGCUAGGAUUUGUUGUGCAACAAUGCUCCAACUUCGGUACUUACUGACUCCAGCAAGGAGAAGAGAACAGAGUCCUCACCCUUCCAAAAGAAAAAGAAAAAGAAAAGAAACAGGAACAGGAACAGAUUGUCCCUGCUUAUGCUUAGACCUGAUCAAUAAUAUAUUGGACAGAAUUUCUAGGGCGAUUUGUGUUCAAAUUUGGAUGAGUGUGUCUCAACAUGAUCCUUUACGUGCAAUGAAAUUGGAACUUUUGCAUAAACACUGGAAGCCAUCCAUUACACGAGGCCAUGGCUUUGACUCUUCUGGAAAUUCAUUUACGAUCAAGGAAGUGAAAUCUGCUAAGGGAAAAGGAAAGGGCAUGCCGCAGGCACUCCGUGCAUUUGCUCGCGUUUUGUUUGCCACCUCUGCUCAAGAGCUGAAAGAUUUGGCCAUGGAGGCUGCUCAGAAUGAUGGUCGAUUGGCAAGACUUCCAUUGAAGGACAUGAGUCGUGAGAUUGGAGCACAUCACAUGCUGCUUUCACAAAUUACACACAUGAUUCGAGAAUAUGAUGCUUCCAUUAAGUCGCUGGAUUCCCCCAACUCUCACAACAGCAGGCAAUUUGUUCUUCGAAGGCAAAUGGCAAGAGAUCUGCUUUCGGGAGAGCUUCGAGUCCUGAAAUCUGCAUCUGCAUGGCUGAUGAAUUACUGUGGCACUUUAUCUAGAGACACCGGCCAUCCAUGAUGAGCAAAGCUGGAUUUGCUGAAAGCAUGCUGCUAACCUACCUCUUCCCCAAACAGGUUUGUGGAUGAGUAUAUUAUUCAAAAUUUUCAAAACAAUUAAAUCUCCUCGGGUCAUCUAAUAUGUAAUGUAUCUUAAAAAAAAAAGGAAAAAAAAAAUAAAUCUUUAUUUGUUUUUCAAAUUUUAUGUGCAUAUGCAUGAGAUUGGCAAUCAGAGAAGGAUCGGCUUAGCUCUUGUAUAUGACUGUAAUUUGUUCUUGUAUAAUGGAAAAGUAAAGAAACAAAAACUGCAUGAUGGAAAAUACUCCCAAUGAUAUAGGGGCUAUUGUAA